AUGCCUCCAGGCACUGGUGGACAGCGGUGUGUGACCGCGGGAAGAAAGCGGAAAAGACCUGGUUUUCAGCAACGAUGGUGGACGCGGUUCAACCCCGAGAUCGAUUGGGUCAAUCGGAAGGCGUGCAUCUACAACAACGGGAAACGAGUGGAGCUGAGAAGCUGGACGGAUACAGGGGACGUUCCUGAAACGACACUGGCACGGUUCGAACGGACGGUGAACGAGAGUAACACGGGUUACCUAGCACUGGUCAUGGCAGCAGCAGAGGAGGAGAAGCCGAGUUCGGAGCUACCUGCAGCAGUGAAGGAGGUCUUGGAGCAGUACAAGGAUAUAAUGCCCGGUGACCUACCCGCAGGCGUACCUCCAGCACGCACCCAUGAACACAAGAUCGUGGAGGAACCAGGUGCGAAACCCGUCUCACGUGCACCAUACCGACUGAGUCCGACAGAACUGACAGACAUGAAAAAGCAGAUCGAGUAUCUACUGGACAGACAACUGAUUCGCCCAUCCACCUCUCCCUACGGUGCACCAGUUCUCUUCACUCCAAAACCAGACGGCAGUCUACGGAUGUGCAUCGACUACCGCGCACUGAACAAACAGACAGUCAAGAACAAAUACCCCAUACCGCGCAUAGACGACCUUCUAGACCAACUGCGUCAUGCAACGGUGUUUUCGGAGCUGGACCUACGGUCGGGUUACUGGCAGAUCAAGAUGGCGGACAACUCGAUCCACAAGACGGCAUUCCUGGUGUACCUGGACGACAUACUCAUCUACUCCAAGAACAUGAAGGAGCACGUGGAGCAUCUGCGGAAGGUGUUCGAGAUCCUGCGGAAAAAUAAGUUCUACGUGAAGCUGUCAAAGAGCGACUUCGCCCUGAAGAAGGUGCAGUUUCUCGGGCACAUGGUGAGUGCGGAGGGCGUACACGUGGACCCGCGGAAGAUCGAAGCCGUUAAAAAGUGGAAAGUUCCAGAGAACGUGAAGGAGUUGCAACAGUUCCUAGGCUUCGCCAACUACUACAACAGGUUCGUGCCGCAGUACGCUAAGAUAGCAGCGCCACUGACCGAAAAGGGAUACACCCUUCAAAUGGGAUACUCCUCACCAGCAAGCCAUGGAGCAGCUACAGACAGCACUGACUACAGCGCCAGUACUCAUCCUACCGGACCUAGACAUAGACUACGUAGUCGAAGCAGACGCUGGAGACCAGGGAGUCGGAACAGUACUGAUGCAGGACCACGAUACGGUUUACAGCCUAUCGCCUAUCUCAGUAAGAAGCUACACGGAGCAGAACUGAACUACCCCAUUCACGACAAGGAAGCCUUAGCCAUAGUCGUAGCCUUCAAAGCAUGGAGGUGUUACCUAGAGGGAGCCAAGACUACAGUUUACACUGACCUUUGCAGCCUCAAAUACCUGAAGUCGCAGCCGACGCUCUCACGACAACAGGUGCGGUGGGUGGACUUCUUGGAGACCCACUUCCACUACGACAUUGUCUACAAACCCGGGCUACACAACAAAGCACAUGCGUUGAGCCGCCCCGGUCAUCUAGCUCAACGGGAUGAACCCUCUGCUCAAGGGUCUAUUCCAACAUGGGUACUCCAUGGACGCAGAGAUAGCAACGGCAGAGAAACAGAAGCUGUUACAGUGGGAGAAAGACUUAGCUGUAAGGAAGGGUUCAGGAAAGACUUGGAUACGAACUAUGCCCCGCUACGGCAGAUCCUACUAGAGGAGUUUCACGACAUUCCAUACGCGGGACAUUUCAGGAGCAACAAGACGUUAGCGGGAAUUGCAGAGUAA